AUGGUUAAUCAAAUAAUUAUCACCACGUUAUUUAUUAUUGCAAGCGUCCAAUUCAUACCGAUAUUUGGAGAAAUUUCUUCUACGAGAAAAGGGCAGAUUGAAUUUGCUGUCGCGUUGAUAAAAGAAAUAGGUCAAAAUGAUAAAUCCAUAAUUUCCUCACCUAUUUCGAUAUCAAGCGGAAUUUUUAUGCUUUAUCUUGCAGCGGAUAGCGAAACCAAAGAAGAACUGGAGGAAUUUUUUGGAAGAUUUGGAGUAACCGAAGAAGUUGAACAAAAUUUUGAUGAAUUACUGGAAAGUAUAGCUGCUGAAAGAAAUAAUUAUUCGUUAACUAUAUCAAAUCGUUUAUACAUACGAGAGGGAUUUUCUAUACAGCCGUCCUUUAUUGAUACUCUGCAGCAUUAUUUCAACGAAACAGUACAUUAUUUCACUUAUAAUCGGAAGGAUCAACUUAUUCAGGAAAUUAACAAUUGGGCUUCAGGAAACACUAACAGAAGAAUAAAACGAUUUGGAACGGAUAUAAUUAGUCCAAAAACUGAAAUGUUAGUACUCAGUACAUUUCAUUUCAGCGGUGCUUGGAAAAAUCAGUUCAUUGAUUCAGAAACUUCGAACACAUUAUUCCAUCUUUCUGAAGAUAAAACGAAAGUGGUACCGAUGAUGCUCUUAAGGGCAGAACUCCCAUACUACCAAGAUUCUUUUGUGCAAGUUGUUAAAUUGCCUUAUGUUGGUGAUGAGGUAGAGAUGAUAAUCAUACUGCCACAAAUUCGCUUUGAUUUAUCUAACAUUCGAAAGAAGAUGACAGGAAAAGAUUUAAUCAAAUACAUUAAUUGGACUAACUCAACUAAUGUUGAGUUGACAUUACCAAAAUUUGGAACCGAAACUAAACUAGAUUUGGAAAGCGUUCUACGAAAGUUUGGCAUCACAUAUAUUUUCAGCAAUUAUGCUGACUUUACAGAACUUAGUAGUGAUUCAAUUUCUGUCAGCAAUAUUAUACACAGUUCUUCAUUUAAGGCAACUGAGAAAGGAACAGGAACUGCGAUAAGGACUAAAUAUAAUCCAGCCCUUAAUACAUUUGCGACAUUCGAAGCUGAUCAACCAUUCCUAUAUUUUGUUGUUAAGGAUUCAAAUACUGUUCUAUAUGCAGGCCAAUAUUGCUAG